CCUUGGAAAGGAAAUUCUGCUUUAUCUAUUUGCUUAGAUUGGACUCUCGCGAAAAGCCGAGCAAAUAUCUCACAAUGUCCACCUUCCGAGACAAUCAAGCAUCCGAAUCUGGACCUUCUGUGGACUAUCCAGAUCCCAAUGCUGCUCCGGAACAUGUGGCCCGCUCUACUGCAUCAAACCACUCAGACUUCCAGCAGGAAGCAUUUAGCUGCGGGCUAUGUGAGAAGAAUUUCAACCGAAGGGAAAAUCUUAGUCGACAUUUGAAAACGCAUAACACACCUUCUCAUUGUUGCUCAAUAUGUGGCAAAGGCUUCACAAGAAGCGAUCUCCUGAAGCGUCAUGAAGCAGGCCAUGAAAGAUGGGAUCGUGCUACAGCGAAGACAAGACGCCGACCUGUCAAAAGAAGGAAGCAGAAUGAGGACGACAUCCGGGAUGCCAAUUCCGCUCUCCCCGAUUUCAUUGCUGUUGAAAGUGGUGACCUGCUACAGCAUGACUCUGCUCUUGAUCCUACUAUAGGCCGCCAUUCGGACUUGGAUAUAGAAACCUAUCAGGAUAUUUCGCCGACGCCUCACGUGCAACACCCGCAAAAUCAUCUGGCACCGCCCGUUGACUCAGUCCAGGACAUGCAAAGGAUUCAUGAUGACUUUUCCGACUUCCCAUAUGACGUUGAUAUGCCAUUUGAACCGUUCGAUUUCUCAUCUUUCCUCAUACCCCAGGAUAUAACGCCUCUUGGUCAUGAGUGGUUCUCCUUUGAUUUCUACUCCGCUAUGCGCGAGACUGGUAACGAAUUGGGAGGAAUAAGCGGCAUUGGUCCAAGUUUAGCAUCUGCAGAGACAUGGGGUUUUGCUGACCCGCCGAGAGAGCAAGGAGCUGCUGAGCAACGGAGAAGAUCAUACCAAGGAUUUCACCAAGAUGGACCAAUUAGCCGAAUUUCUUCACCUCCUAAUGAGGCAUCUGAAGAGGAUAAAUGGCCUUUCCAGUGGAAUCCAAAUUCUCAACAGAUAUUAUCCGCACAUCCAAUUUCCGUCCCAGGCAGUCACCCACUGUUUCACGCUCAUGAUCCUAGGUUCGAUAUUUCAGAGGCAACACUCUCACAAUUGGAGUCCUUCCUCUAUCCACAGUUCACAGAACAUCCUUCUACGAGAAAAUCCUUCGUCCUGCCACCGCUCAAUGUGGUAAAUCUCUUCAUCGGAUUAUUUUUUAAGCAUUUCUCUCCACAGAUGCCCGUCCUCCACCACGCAACUAUCAACACCAACAAGGAUCUGCCACCACCCCUCAUCGCCGCCAUGAUUAUCAUUGGUGCCAUUUAUAGCCGUCUAAAGCACACCCGUAGGUUCGCUAUAGUGCUUCUCGAUGCUACUCGCUGGCAUCUUCAAGUCGCAGUAGAAUGCAACAAUGCAUUCAUGCGCAGUCCCAUGAUAAUUUACGCCCAGGCUCUGAUUGUACACACAGGAUUAUGGUGUGGGAACAAGCGAGCCUUUGAGCUUGCAGAGGUGGGAAGAGGUGCACUUGUAACAUACAUUCGGCGCAUCAAAUUUGGAGAGCUAUUACCUGUAACGACCACUCAAGCAACAAUAGCCUCAACUUUAGACUCAGCUUGGAGACAAUGGGUGCAAGAGGAGUCUCAGAAGAGGCUCGCCUGGGUAGUUUACACAAUUGAUUCUCAGUUUCCCGGUCUAUUGAACCUGCCGCCAACUAUAUCAGUCGGCGAAGUCAGAGACCUAGGCUGUCCAUGUGACGAGGAGUUUUGGGCAGCGGGGUCAGCGAGAAGUUGGAAGCAUUUGCUAGGUCCAGCAACUGUGCCACCUUCGAGGUCAUUUUCUGCUGCUGUCGGUCCAUUCGUGCUUGGUGAUGAUGUGGGGCACAAAAGUAGCAACUCAACGACAUCCCAGGGGCAAUCCCAAGGGCACCUGCCAGUCUUGAACCUCAAUCCAUGGAGUGCUUUUCUUGUUCUCACUACGAUCACACCACAGAUACAUCAGAUUACACAAGAAUAUGCGAUUUCUAGGAAUCUUAUCGACCACGACGAGUGGUCUCUGAACGAAGCAGAUCUCCACGAUCAGGCCAAGUGUGGUUCCUCAGGUCGCCUUCUCAACACCACAUCUCGAUCUCAGAUGGAAGAUUCACUCCAGUCUUUUGCCUCAUCCUACCUUUCAUCGCACCAUCCUAUCCGCGAUGCCUCAACCGAAUACUUUACCCGCUCAUCUCACAUACUUCACAGACUAAGCACCAUACUCCUUUACAUUCCACUCCCAGACCUUCAAAACGCAAUCGGCAAAGAUGGCACAGUCGGUAUUACCCAGGCCAUGAGCAGCCUCUCAUCCUGGGCCCGCCCAUCCUCUUUGAAAACAGAACAAGUCGCGCAACGUGCUGUCCAAGCUAUCAUGUUUCUCAGCCCAUCAGAUAAUGGCGGCCAGAUCGGCUACCUAGACACUGCACCAUACAGUCUCAUCGCUAUUUUCCUGUGCCAUGUCAUCCUCUGGGUAUUCGUAAGUGUUUCAGCGAAGGAGCAAAGGGCCCAGCUGCUUCGACGGCUAGAGCUGGAUGAAGAUCUGAGGAAUAGCUCGUUCAUUUCGCUGUUGAGGACUGAUGCAGAAAUAGCGAGGGUGACGGGAAGGUGCAGCAGAAGGUGUUGUUUAGAAGUGGGGCGGAGAUGCUGACUAGGUUGGGCACCUGGGGUGCGAGUCUGAAUUUGGCGUUGCUGAUGCAAAGACGAGCGGAGAUGUAAGUCUGCCAUGGGCUCAGGUCUCUGGAUUCUGCUAUCAUCUCAAGAAAGGGAACGACUGGAUUGAGUAGGUGCAUAAUCAGCAGUGUUGCAAUGUAGACCAUGAACUAGUCGAAGGGAAGAAGGCAAUCCGACUCUGUUGGAGGGGUGUAAAGGAUGCAAGCAGCUGUUCUUGGUUUACAAUAUUGGGUUUCCAAAUGCUUGAUGCAGUACUAUAAAGGAAGCGCGCGUAUAUUCUCAACCAGUCCAGUCUUGGCCGUCGACAUUCAGCCAGUUUGAAUGUACUUGUCGUUUUAUUCGCUUCGGUUGAGUAAGCUUCGCGUGAGUGGCCCAGAUAUGGAAGGCUGCACAGCUGCAUCUUCGCACCCAUUCCCAGUCUCUCAUUUGGUAAACUACGAAAUGUUGGUGGUUAGGUAUGGUUGAGAGUGAACUACGGCUCAGCAUACUGUUGUAUCGCCGAGUUUACGCAUGUUUGGGGGAUGGAGUUCAAUUACAUGAGAUUGGCUACCCAACACGCGUACGAGAUACAGUACAUAGCCGCCAGUAAAAUCUAUCUACGACUGGGAUUAAGUACACACGAGUCCAAAACUCGGCAGGAAGUGAAAUUUGGUCGAGUGAUAUCAUUACAGCCUCGCACUUGUCAUCUUACUAAUUGGAGUUCCAAUCUUGGUCCCUCUCAGACGGUGGUGUUCGACAAUAGCAAACCGUAUCUUGUCUACCCACGUACCAUCAGCUCCUACGACGUGCGUCCACUCCCCGGGCUGAUGAUGAACGCACCACCAUAUGGACAGGCUUUUUGAAACUUCGGAUCCACCGUCAUAAACCUAAUCCUAUCCUUCGUCGGCUAUAUCACGUCGCUCCAUUAUCACACCCCUUGGGCUGUGCUUGUUGCUCCCACUUCUUCGGCACUGCUUUAGUCUCAUCGACGUUCUAACCUCAGCUUUACGCCGCUCACAUUUUCUUGAACAUGAAAGCCUCUUGAUAUCCUCGUUGUUCCUGGUGGCAUAGGAAAAUUCGAAUUAGCUCAAGAAAUGACACAUGUUUGGAUUA